AUGGAUAGUUCCAAGACCAACGCUGAAAACAUCGAGGAUGUCUUCUCCCAUCAAGAAGAUGUCAUGCCUACCAAGAGCAUGGGGCCCAUCAUGCGAUCUCGCGAAGACGACCUUGGUGUCUGGCAGUGUGUGCGACGGUUCAAGAUCGUCUCGCUGAUUGCUAUGACUGCGGCGUUUAGCGCAUCGCUGGAUGGUUACCAAAUUAAUCUUAAUGGCGGUAUUGUCUCCAACAAGGGUUUUAUUCGACAGAUGGCUUCCCCAGGCACAUCCAUCAUUGCAGGCAAAUACAUCUCCGCAUGGGGUGGUAUCCAAUCCGCCGGUCAAACUAUCGGUCAAGUUUUCCUCCAAUAUGCCACAGAAAAGUUCGGUCGGAAAAUCGCGUUCUAUAUAAUCUGGCUCGAUAUUGUCAUCAGCGUGUUUAUUGAAUCUUUCGCAACAAGAUGGGAUCACUGGCUUGCAGCAAAACUCUUCUCUGGAAUGGGUGUCGGUAUGCUGCAAUCCACGUUACCUCUCUACUUGUCCGAAAUCGCCCCAACCCAGCUGCGAGGUUUCUAUAUCAACGCGUACAGUUUCUGGUUUGUGGUUGGUCAGAUCUUCGCGUCAGUGGCACUCAAGGAACUCAGCGCAAAUGACCCAUAUGGAUUCCGAGUCCCUAUCUAUACACAGUGGGCUAUGGUUGGUAUCAUUGCCAUCAUCUUCGCCUUCAUCCCAGAAUCUCCCUGGUGGCUCGUGAGCAAAGGAAAGCUCGACAAGGCAGCCAAGAUCCUAACUCAGUGCAAUGGCAAUAUUGAGGGAUACAGCGUUGACGAGCAGAUUGAAGUCAUGACUGCCACCAUUGCAGAGGAGCGCGCCGUUGCAGAGCGUAACUCCGAAGAGGGACCAUGGGCUGUUUUCCAGGGCCGCAAUCGGAUUCGUUUCUUUAUUGCAGCUUGGCCCAAGAUUGCUCAGUAG